CUUCUCUGACCCGCCGGAGCUUUGGAUCCUCUUGAUAACUGGACUUUUGUUUGGAGUUCGAGAGGGUUUGUUGUUGUCGCUGCAUUAUGUGAGAGAGAAACGCUACAAGCUCUGAGGAUCGAAGUUCUCGCAGGUCAUAAGGAGCAGUGCGCAGAUGCAUAAGGUUUCACAGGCAAACACCCAGUUUUCUCUUUUCUCAGCUGAGGGCAGAUUCUUUCAGAGCUUCUCUAUUCCCUCCAAGUGUGUCUUCUUCCCACAUUUCUUCAAUCGUAUGUAGCCCACAUAUCGGAUCAUAAAGACAAAGCUGUUAUGACAAAGUAAUUGAUAUUGGCUUUCCUUUGGUUGAAGCAUAGUGGGUGUGUAAACAAACAUUUUAAAGAUGCAUUCCAAGAGCUAGGUUUCAGUAUCAUGUAUGUACCCUUUUGCACUGCCGAGCCAUACUGUACAGGCCUGGUUACUCAUCCACCACAGCUGCAUGAACUUUGCUUGCUUCAAGCCAUUAGAGUUUCAGCAGGAUAUUGUGAAAGGGUUAUGGAGAGUCGGUUUUUCAGCUUGUAUACCCUCCUCUACUGCUUUUACAGGCUUAUCUGAGAUCUGUACUAUCAUAGCAGACUGUCAGUGGGUGGAAGUAGCUGGGUGUCCUCCAGUAAGAGUACAUUAAUUACUUUCAAACUGAGACUACAGAAUAUGAACAAACGACAAUGACAUCUAUUUAUUGUGUGUGUGCGUGUGCACGCUUUUAUGGCAAUUACAAGAUUUUAACUUUGACUUCCGAUCCUCGACACUUAGGAAAAACAUUCUUCUGCGUGGUCACCUGGUAUUAAGAAGAUUGUUGAUUUCAAAUAGCAAACAAGAAUCUUACAAGGUAUUCACAUGGUAUCAAGUAUACUCCGGAUUUGUUCAGAAAGAAUAUACAAAGUCUCUUUCAAAUUGUUUUCAACCUGAUUUUUUAAACCUGAUAUUUAUCAUUCUCCCAUCACUUUUUUUUAAGACCGUAUGUUGUCGGUUGCCUUAUUGAUUUUCUUGACAAGGUAACACCCAGAGAAAUGUUUAUAAUGCAACUUAUCAUUGAAAGGGAGCGAAACUUGUUUUUAUAUGAAAACGGGUGGAAUUAGAACAAAUUAAUUAUAGGUAAUCAUAGGAUUUAGAUCAAAAUACGUUUUACAUGUAAACAUUUUUCAUUGUGAGGUGUGAUUGUCUGAACAGCGCGGCUGCAAUGAAGACUACCUGGAACGCAACCUAAAUUGCCGACGCAUGUGCAGUGGAUGCACUUCCUAUUCUGCUCAACGCGCUGCGUUUUCUUCUUUAACCAAGCUUAUUUUCAACGUAAAAAAAGUAACCGCGUGUUGGCUCAAGACAAUCCGACGUCAUGAGCUUGUUUGGGACCAGCACUGGGUUUGGCGCAGGGGGAUUCGGAGCGGCAACCACGGACACACACAACCCAAUGAAGGAUGUGGAAGUAACCUCACCCCCAGAUGACAGCAUCAGUUGCUUGGCGUUUAGUCCCCCUGCCAUGCCAGGGAACUUCUUGAUAGGGGGGUCCUGGGCCAAUGAUGUGAGGUGUUGGGAGGUACAGGACAAUGGGCAGACAGUCCCCAAAGCCCAGCAAAUGCACACAGGUCCAGUCCUUGAUGUCUGCUGGAGCGAAGAUGGAAGCAAGGUUUUCACUGCAUCUUGUGAUAAGACUGCCAAAAUGUGGGAUCUCAACAGCAACCAGGCAAUACAGAUCGCACAGCAUGAUGCUCCUAUCAGAACAGUCCACUGGAUCAAAGCCCCCAACUACAACUGCAUCAUGACAGGCAGCUGGGACAAAACUCUGAAGUUCUGGGACACCCGUUCGCCCAACCCAAUGAUGUCCCUGCAGCUGCCGGAGAGGUGCUACUGUGCAGACGUGGUGUAUCCCAUGGCAGUGGUAGCAUCGGCAGAGCGAGGUUUGAUUGUAUAUCAGCUUGAGAACCAGCCGUCCGAGUUCAGGAGGAUAGACUCACCACUCAAACACCAGGUGACUGGUUUCACAUACCAGCACCGCUGCAUAGCCAUCUUUAAGGACAAACAGAACAAGCCUGCUGGAUUUGCUCUUGGGAGCAUUGAAGGGCGGGUCGCCAUUCACUACAUCAACCCUCCUAACCCAGCCAAGGAUAACUUCACCUUCAAGUGCCACAGGUCGAAUGGAACCAACACAACCACACCACAAGACAUCUAUGCUGUGAAUGCCAUCUCCUUCCACCCUGUCCACGGUACACUGGCGACUGUUGGGUCUGACGGUCGCUUUAGCUUCUGGGAUAAAGACGCUCGCACCAAGCUGAAGACCUCGGAGCAGCUGGACCAGCCAAUCACAGCUUGCUCGUUCAACAACAACGGCAACAUCUUUGCCUACGCCUCUAGCUAUGACUGGUCAAAGGGGCAUGAGUACUACAACCCUCAGAAAAAGAACUACAUCUUCCUGCGUAAUGCUACUGAGGAGCUGAAACCUCGGAAUAAGAAAUGAUCUGCCCUGUCUCUCCUGUUGUUUGCAAAAUGGAGGUUUGUCAAACGCACACGUGAUGCCUGCACGACUCUGUUCCUAUCCUGUGCCAACACCAAUGGUGGAGCUGCUGCUUGCAAAAGGACCAAUCACUGGAGGUCUUUCAUCUUCUUGGCAUUGGCCUGGAUCUCUGUCCCAGCCACAUGCAUCCAAAUAGGGGUUGGAGAGUGAGGAGAUGAUAUUGUUUUUUAAUAUCUGAUAUUUUAUUUUCUAUUGUCAGUAGCUAGGUUUCCAUCGAAUUGCUGACAGAUUUUUCAUGUGAAUAUUCUUAAAUCUGCUGAAACAAAAUCUGAAAACAAUGUGUGCAUUUUUCCACCAGAGAUGUUUCCAUCCAAUUGAUUUGUUGUGGGUAGAAAGAUGUGCUUGAUGGCAUAGUGCACAUACAAAUAACGUUUGUGGUUAAAUUCCCAUGUACCAAAUAAAAAUUACAAAUGAAA